AAUUCAAACUAACAGACGAGUUACGUAGUCUCUUCCACCAUAUUUGGGAAGGUUAAUAUUGUCUGCUGUUAAAAUGUUGUCGAGGUUUGCUUUCCGUUCUGUUCAGCACAGCAGACACUUAUUGGGUGUGCGUUGCAGUCAGACUGCUGCAGCUUCCGGAGAGAGGGAUGAAGUGAAUUUUCCUCGACCAGUGAGGGCUGAAUUUCCAGAUAAAGUCCGACAUGGAUUCAUUCCAGAGGAAUGGUUUAAGUUCUUCUACAAUAAAACUGGUGUCACAGGUUCAUACACCUUUGGUGUGGGACUUGCUACAUACCUUCUUAGCAAGGAAAUCUAUGUGCUGGAGCAUGAAUUCUACACUGGUGUCUCACUAUUUAUUAUGGUUGUAUUUGCUGUGAAGAAGCUGGGACCCAAGUUAGCAGCAUACCUUGACAAGGAGAUUGAUGAGAUUGAGAGGUCAUGGAAACAAGGCCGUUUGAAUGAAAUUGAAACUUACACUGAAGCUAUUGAGGAAGAGAAAAAGGAGCAGUGGCGUGCAGAAGGGCAGAAGGACCUGUUUCUCGCCAAAAGGGAGAAUGUUGCCCUGCAGCUUGAGGCAGCAUACAGAGAAAGACUCAUGACUGUCUACAGUGAAGUGAAACGGCGAUUGGACUACCAGGUUGAGCGUCAGAAUGUUGACCGGCGCAUUGCACACAGACACAUGGUGGCAUGGAUUGUACAAAAUGUACUUAAGUCCAUCUCGCCUCAGCAGGAGAAAGAAUCUCUUGCCAAGUGUAUUGCUGAUCUACGUGCACUAGCCAAGGCUUAGCUACAGAUAACUCAAGUGAGAAGAGGUGGCAACAUUGUAAAUAGUAUCAUUGUGGUGUAAGAUGCCAAGAGUCAGACUCACACUGUAGUUAUAAUGUUACAGAAGAAAAUAUCUUUGAAUAUGUAUGCUGUUAUAUAGCCCAGUUUUAUUUGGAUUGAUCAACGCAGAAGUUGAAGGGAAACAGUUUCCUUGAAUUGAAUUGUACUUCUUUAUUAAGCAUACUUACACAUGUUGCUCCAGGUCAUCAAAAUCAUUUGUAUAGCUGUUUUCUCAAUAAACAGGUGAUGCUAAGUAUGA